UCAAGGUGGACCCUUAUUUUCAGGCGCCGUUUUUUCAGCUUGAGCCAUCCGCCAGACUUCACGACCGAUUCAAACUAAUAAUGAACGCGUCGCGGCGCGAACGUUUCAGUUUUCGAGGGGCGUCGUAUCGGACCUUAGCCUGUCAUACUCGCCGUGUGUUUUUCUACCUUUGAAGUCACCGUCUGAGGUGUACGAAUGGACUAUAUAUUGUAUUAUUAAAAAUAAGGGGGUGAAUUGGUUAUUGUGGUUUUAGGCUUAAUUUUGAUAUACUUAGCUGUUUUUUGAUGAUAUCUGUUUUUUCUUUGGGCGGGUUUAACAUCAGCAUGUCGGGCGAUGAGAAAGACUACAAAGAAAAGCUGAUAGUCGCCGUCAAAAAGGAAGUGAAACAGGUAAUGGAAGAAUCCGUAACUCGUAAAUUCGUUCACGAAGAGAGCGGUUCCGUAACCUCGCUUUGCGGCGCAGUGGAAAAUUGCUUGUCGCAAGGUCUGCGCAGAAGGGCUUUAGGUCUCUUCAAGACGUCUUCCACGACUGCGCUGUUGCACAAAGUUGCUAAACAUUGCUCGGAAGCCAAUCGAAUUUCGAAAAAAGUACAAGAAAUUGAAAAUUCGGAUCCUAACAGGAGAUCUAGUAGCAGUAGUGAUAGUGUUAGCAAACCUACGUUGAAGAAGAAUUUAUCGUUUCCUUCAUCUCCUUUGCCAAGAUUUUUGUGGAUACGAUUGGCACUUUUUGAUAAGCAACUAGCCAAAAUAAUAGAUUACUUGGUGAGCAACGCGUCAAAGUACUACGAUAAAGACGCUCUUGUAGCUGAUCCAGAUUAUGGAUCAAUAUUGAGUUCAUUGCUUGUUGGACCUUGUGCACUGGACUAUUCUAGAACCAAAAGUGUGGAACAGUUUUGGACGGAUCCACCUGCGGAUGAAUUGGUGAAAAUGCACAGAAUAUCCAGUGGACAUUCGACUCCGCCUUCAGUACGGAGGCCGAUUCUCAACUUUGGAAGAUCUCUGAAUACUUCUUCAGACGAUCCUUUGCUAUCCAGGAACAACUCACAACAUAUCGCCAAAGAUUAUGUGGAAAGUUUGCAUCAAAAUUCAAGAGCCGCACUACUUUUCGGAAAGAAUAACGUUUUGGUUAUGCCUGCGAAGGAUGAUGUAACUGAACCUAUGCCAGGAUAUUUAAGUCUUCACCAGACUCCAAGUGGUUUAACAAUAAAAUGGACACCAAAUCAACUUAUGAAUGGAUUCACUGAAGAAUCACAGGAUAAAAGCAUUUAUUGGGACUAUGCUCUACAAGUGCGACUAGAUGAAAUUGUAUACGUUCAUUGUCAUCAGGACAGUGAAGCUGGUGGAACUAUUAUAUUAGUGGGACAGGAUGGAGUUCAAAGACCACCAAUACAUUUUCCAAAAGGUGGUCACAUGCUAGCAUUUCUAAGCUGCCUAGAAACAGGACUUUUACCUAGAGGUCGACUCGAUCCUCCUCUAUGGUCUCAACGUGCCGGUGCCAAUUCUACAACAAAAAGACGUAGACCUUUGCCUGCUUUAUCCGAAACUGAAGAGGCUACCAAGGAUUAUGUUUUUAGGAUAAUUGAUAAUAGUGAUCAUAAGGAUAUUUUUAAAAGAAAAGACCUUAUGAACGUCAAAGCAUCUUUACCUACGAAAGUAAGAGUACAGCUUUGCAGUACUAGUACAAGCUCUGAAAGUUCUUCGAAAAGUUUUAGCAUAGAUCAACAAAGUGUACCAGACAGUCCUCCGAGCGUCUACAUCCAGGCAGUAUGCGAUUCGAUGAAAAAACAAAUAAUUUCUAGAGCGUUUUACGGCUGGCUGGCUUAUUGUAGACAUUUGUCUACAGUUAGAACUCAUCUCAGUGGAUUAGUCAAUGGUAAAAUUAUUAAUGGCGAUGGAGCUUCAGAAGGUAUCACAGUAGAAAAAUGGGCAGAAUUAUGUACAGACGGUGUAGUAACAGAUUACGCGGAAGUAUACAGAUAUACGUAUUUUGGUGGAAUAGCCAACGAACUACGAACACAAAUUUGGCCAUAUUUACUAGGACAUUACAAAUUUGGCAGUACUGAGGAACAAAGAAAAGCUUUGGACGAAGAAACGAAACAAGCAUACGAAAACACCAUGUCGGAAUGGUUAGCUGUAGAGGCUAUAGUCCGUCAAAGAGAUAAAGAAGAUCAAGCCCAUGCCAUUGCUAAACUAAGCAGCGAAAGUACAUCUGGGGAUCAUGCGCCUAACGAACUACAUAGAGAUUUAAGCAAUGAGGUAUUUGAAGAUGUGAUAACAGAUGACGAGGAUUCAGAAUCUGAUCAUGACACUCCAAACAGAAAAAAUAAGAAAACAAGGGAAAAUACUAUUAGGUAUGAAAGUGAAGAGGAAGUAGACAAAGGAGAAACCAACAAAGAUUGUGACCAGCAACAAAAUAAUGUACAAAGAAACGAUACUGGAGCCUUAAAUAGCAGUAAGAUACUUAGUGUAGAGGAAGAGGAGGAAGCUACUUGUAAUAAUAAUUGUGAUAAUUUAGAGCCAGAUCCAAGAGAAGAGCUACACGAUUUCAUACACAACGUCAUAGUAACCAAUGCCUCUGUAGAUAUAAGUAACAUCGAAACUGAAGGUCAUGUUAGAAAUCAUUUGGACGCAGUAACAGAAGAAAAUAACUCUUCAUUGGAUACUUGUAUUGAAACUCAUGGCUUGGCAAGUCCUGCUAGGUCAGCGUGCGUUUCUCCUGCUAGUUCUAAUGGAGGAAUUUAUACGCAAGAGCUACUCAAAACAUUUGGCCUUAACCUGCAUAGAAUAGAGAAAGAUGUACAAAGGUGUGAUAGAAACUAUUGGUAUUUCGCCAAUGAAAAUCUAGAUAAACUUAGAAAUGUUAUGUGCACGUACGUUUGGGAGCAUUUGGAUAUAGGGUACAUGCAAGGCAUGUGCGACUUAGUUGCUCCACUUUUAGUUACAUUUGACGACGAGUCUCUCACCUAUGCGUGCUUUUGUCACCUAAUGGAAAGAAUGAUAGAAAACUUUCCCAAUGGAAACGCCAUGGACUGUCAUUUUGCCAACAUGAGAAGCCUAAUUCAGAUUUUGGAUGCUGAAAUGUACGAACAGAUGCACGCCCAUGGGGAUUAUACGCAUUUUUAUUUUUGUUAUAGAUGGUUUUUGUUGGAUUUCAAACGGGAAUUGGUUUAUCCUGAUGUUUUCACUACAUGGGAAAUUAUAUGGGCCGCGCAACAUGUAGCGUCAAGUCAUUUUGUUUUAUUUUUGGCCCUAGCUUUAUUAGAGACCUAUAGAGAUAUUAUUUUGUCUAAUGGUAUGGAUUUUACGGAUAUUAUUAAGUUCUUUAACGAAAUGGCUGAGAGGCAUGAUGCUGUUGCUGUCCUGAAGUUAUCCAGGGAGUUGGUUUUACAACUUCAACUUCUUAUCGAAAAUAAGUAGAUUUACUUGAAUAGUGUCAAAGAAUUAGAAAAGUACCUACCAACUUUUUAUAAAAGUGUGUUGUAGCUUCAUUUAUUUUCUAAAAGGAGGAAAAAUUUAUGUUUUAGGCUAUAUUGUAGUUAACUACCUUUGUAAAUAAUAUCUGAAAUGUUUCUCUAGUAAUUAAUUGGAAGAAAAUUUCCAUUUUUAAAUUGUAAAAAAAAAACAAUCUAAUAGUACCUACAUACAAAAGUCAAACUUUAUCAAAAUUAAAUUAUUUUACAGCACCAAUAUAUGGAAAGAAUUAUAUUUUUGUGAUAUGAUGCAAAACUGAAAGUUAGGCGUAAGUGUAGCGAUAGGAUUGAGACAUUUUGUUUUAGGGAAAAGUGCAGAUUCUUUCUAGGCCCUUUUAGAGCUAGAUGUGUAUAAUAUUGUGAGAGUAAUUUAUGAUGAGUGAGUAGUUUUGUAGAUCGAAUCACGCACAUAUGUUAUGUACAAAAUUUUAUCCAAGACGGUCUGAAUAUUCAGCCUACUAUUGGUGACCCAAGUAUGUGGUGGUGUGAAAAGUGGACUACGAUUAAACUUUGCUUAUAGGUACCUACACGAGAAAGUUUUAUGAAGUUUGUAUGAUUUAGAGCCACUUGAUGUUGCCAGAGAGCAUUAUCUAUUUUCUCUUAACUAGAUUAUAAAUAAGAUUUCAUUUGAUUACUUAGUUUGAAGUUUCUCAUUGGAAUCGAAGUAAAAUGUUUCAAAAAAACCUAAUUCAAAUUACCUAAUAGAAAUAGAAACCAAAAAUAUAUAUUUUUAAAAGUUAUUUUUUUAGAUAAAUGUUUCCCUAAAACAAUAUUAUCAAUUAUUAGUUUUAGUAUAGGUACAUUUAGCAUAAAAUAGGGUUCAUAAGGACAAAAAUUUAUAGAAAACCUCACAUUGAAAAUUUACUUUAAGGUGCCAAAUACAAAAAAAAACAUAUACAACGCAAAUAACAUAUUAAACAAAAUACAAUUAUCACUUACUCAAUUAUUUGAAAUUCGCUUCAAAUAUUUUUAUAAUAAAUAGUUGUAGCUAUGUGUAUUUAUAUUUUAUUAAAAAUUAUCAUUGUUGUAUUUUUAAAAUAAAUUUUCCGGAUAUUUAAACGCUUAUAAUCAAUAUCUAUGGAAUUUAAAUAUAAAAUAAUAUUCUGUUUCAAAUUUUUCAUAUUUAUAUUAUUGUUAUGUAGCUUAAAACUUUUAUAUAUGUGUUUUAAAUGUGUAUUUAUUUUUCAUCAACUAGGUAAAUAUACAUAUAGAAAAAUUUAACCUAAAUAUCUAUUUAUAUCCAAUUGUCAUGAAGAAAACUGUAUGAGGUUUAUUUAAAUUAUUAAAAUUGGAAGUUUAUUAUAAUAUAAAAUACUUUGUGAGCUAUACAGGGUGGAAAACCUUCUAGAUACUUAUGAAUAAAAUUAUUUCAAUAUUAUUCAAACAUCCUGUUCAUUUUAUAAGGAACUGUUGAUAUUUUGUUUUUGAUUUUCCUUAAAUUACAGAACCUCAGUUAUAGUAUAAAGUAAUGAAGUACCUACCUACCUACUUACCUAAAUGAAAAUUUGCGCCCUGUAUACAUGAUCCAAUAGAUAUAAAAUUAUUUAUAAUUUUUCUUAGUUGUACUCAAACCGUUGAUUUUAUAUAAAUUUAUUGCAUUAACGUACCAAAAAUUACCAAAUAAUUUAAAUAAUUACAGUAUUGUAUACUAUAAUAUCAUGAGUCAAUAUUUUAAUUUUAUUUAUAAAUUGUGAAUUGCCACUGGCACAAUUGUCUAUUUUCUACCAAACAAAAAAUGUUCCUAAAUUUGCGUAAUCCUAAAAAUUUAUGUUUAGACAUUAGAACGCACGGUACAAUGUUACUAAAUUGAUUUUCGUUUAUUGUGAAAAAAAAAAUCGAAUAAACCUUUAGGCGAAUUUUUUAGAUGCAUAUUUCGUUGUUAGAUUUUUCAUUGUAAUUUGUUGUAUUUUCACAAAGAAGAAAAAAAGUCACAUAUCAAAUAAUGCAUGUAUUUUAUUUUCUACUUUUCGCAUGUACAGGGUGAUCAUUUAUAUUUUGAGACUUGGUAAAAUAAUAAUGAACAUCCUGUAUUUCGGAAAAAAAAACCUAAUGUAUAAUAUUAUAAUAAACCAUAAUUAAUUAUAAUAAAUGUGUUUUAUCUAUGCAAAUAACGAUGCUAAACCUAACUGGUCCUAACUUAUGGACAUUAUUUUGUAAUUAAUUUUUCUUUCUUUUUGAUUCCAUAAUCAUUUCCAUAACAACGUUGCCCAUUUGAGGUUCUUUGGCUGUCUGAAAAAAGAAAUUUUAAAACGUGAUAUUUUACCUUUGAGUGGUUGCUCCAUCAACAGUUAUGCUCAAUUCUUCUAUUUUCGUUCAACUUUAACCAUUGAUGAAACAACAAUAGCAACUUUUAAUAAAAUCAAUUAUUACAAUGUCGUCCUUCAACUGAAUCUUGGUCAAGUAAAGUUGGAAAUCAGCAAGAAAAAGAAUCCGAAGAACGUAGAUGAGAGUCUGUAUGACCCAGAGGGCUGUAGUCAUUUGCACCCCUAUACUUCCUAUCAUGAAAUUCUUG